AUGUCUUCUACUUUCCUGGAGUUGCUGGCUGCCGUUUUGUUCCUGGUAUCUUCUGCUGCCGCAGCAACAGAAGAACGGAUACCUGGUGGAAAACCCUGUCUUCCCAACUCCCAGCCAUGGCAGGCCGCGCUGCUUUCUGGCUUCAGGCUGUCUUGUGGAGGCACCCUGAUCCACAAGUCCUGGGUGCUCAGUGCUGCCCACUGUAAAAGGAAAACGCCUUUUCCCGUGCGCCUUGGGGAGCACGACCUCAAGCGUUUGGACUGGACCGAGCAGCUGAAACUGGCGUCCAAAGUCAUCGUGCAUCCCGGCUACGACCCUCAAACCAAGAACAAUGACAUCAUGCUUGUCAAACUGCUGACUCCAGUCUGCUUAAACAACAACGUCAAAAUCCUCAGUUUGCCUAACAGCUGCCCUGUGCCUGGGACCAGAUGCCUCAUUUCAGGGUGGGGUACAACGACAAGUCCCCAAGUAAAUUUCCCAGAUGUUUUGCAGUGUGCAAACAUCACCAUUGUCAAUCACGACGUUUGCCGAAGCAUCUACCCCAGUUAUAUCAAUGAGAACAUGGUCUGUGCUGGCAGGAUGGAGGGAGGCACGGAUACUUGCCAGGGAGAUUCAGGCGGCCCCCUUGUCUGCAAUGGGGUGCUUCAAGGGAUUGUAUCCUGGGGUCCUCAGAUAUGCGCACAACCGAAUAAACCAGGAGUCUAUGUGAAUGUCUGCAAAUACGUGGGAUGGAUCCGAGACACCAUCAGCAAAAACUGA